AUGGCUAAAAAUUGGAGAAAUGUUCGAAUUACGACAAAAUACAAGAGGUUAGCUCGUUUGAAUAUUCUAAAUUCACCAUUUUAUUCAAAGCCUAGUCAGAAUAAUAUCCGGGACAAGAACGAAGACCCUGGAAGGUUCCCAGACGGUCCAGCUGGCCCGACGUUUGACAGCGACACCUACAGCUUGGCCAAAAAGAAACACCGCCGUAGCCGCACCACCUUCACCACCUUUCAGCUUCACGAAUUGGAGAGAGCGUUUGAAAAAUCGCACUACCCGGAUGUAUACAGCCGAGAAGAUUUGGCAAUGAAGCUUAGUCUGCCGGAAGUUCGUGUGCAGGUUUGGUUCCAGAACCGACGAGCAAAAUGGCGCCGCCAGGAGAAACUGGAGAACAACACCCUGAAGUUAUCCGAUGCUCCCGCCACUGCUCCUAUGCCGAUGCAUUUUCUUGGCCCCGCUGCCAUCAUGUCUCCUUCAUCCUCAGCUACCGCUUACAGAGCUGGACUUUUCCCGCUAGAAACAUGGUUAUCUCUUCCGCUCAGUUCGGCCGAUUCAGCAAGAUUCUUGUCCACUAUACCGUCCUUGUUUGCCGCUCAAGCUCAGCUCCAGUCACACAUUCAAGGCCCUUUGCCCGCUCUGGCCCCUUCGUCUUCAUUUGUCACACCGGCCCUACGACCGUGUUUCCCAGCUUGCCGCGCGAGUGAUGCCCUCAUGUCAUCGAUAUACCAAGACACAGAACAGGAUUCCAGGCAGUCGAGUAUUGCAGUUCUCCGUAUGAAGGCUAAGGAAUAUAAUGAAAGCUUAGAGAAGAACUCGUGAUGUCGUCAACAAGCGUCGAUUGUCUGACGCCAUAUUGCUUAAGAAGUAAAAUAGAUUAGCGCUAAUUUGCUAAGACAGACGCAUGCGCGUACACACGCACACACGCGAGCGAGCGCUUGUACACAUAUACAAAUACACACUCACUCACACACAUACAUGCACACACACACAUACAUGCACACACACACACACACACACACGCACGCGUGCGCAAAUACAAAUAAACACUCCCACACAAGCUCAUACACAUACACACACACAUUUAUAUAUAUGUGCACACACAUACUUAUAUAUACUGACAUACA